AUGCGGCAAAAACAGAUGAUCCACCAUCCCGCACCAACUUCCGAACCGCACUCACCUUCUCCAUAUUUACGAUUUACCUACAAAUUGGAAAAUACGACAACUUGGAUGCCAGUUUCUGGUAUGGCAGAUCCAACCCCAGAUAAUGAGGAGGAGUGGGCCGGUGAAUUUGACCCCUUCGCGGACCCGGAGGAGAGACGAGUUCUGUUUGCCGCGCUUGACUCCUUCAGGCAAUAUCGACGAACAGCUCAUUUGAACACAACACAUAGCCGUCGGCAGUCAUUCUACGCUCUGCCCUCGGAGCAUUGGCAGAUGCUCUCCGAGCCGCCAUUUUCUAUUUUGGACCAGUUCAAUAAAGUGGAUGACGCUAUUGAUAUCAAUGCUGAUAUCGCAGAUGCCAUUGUAGCUGUGGGAAUUCAAUCCUUUGGUCUCUCUCCCAAUCCUGACAAGACUGACUCGGCCCAAAAUUGGCAUGGCACAGCCACUUCUUCGGAUAUCAACAAGGCGCACUCCACCAUCCGCCAGUUCUAUCGCGAUUGGAGUAGUGAAGGAAGAAACGAGCGUGAAGCCUGUUAUGACCCUGUCCUUCAAGAUCUGGUCCGUGAAUUUCAACCCUGUCUUGAUGCCGGUGAAGAGAUCCGUGUUUUGGUCCCCGGCGCCGGGCUCGGUCGAUUCGUCUUCGAUCUCAGUCUAGCUGGAUUCUCUGCCGAGGGCAAUGAAAUUUCGUACCAUCAGUUAAUGGCCAGUAGCUGGGUUCUCAACCAUACCGAUGGACCACUGAAACACGCACUCUAUCCGUUCGCUUCUCAUUUCUCCAACUCGAAAUCGCGUAACCAGCAAUUGAAGGAGGUUUUCAUCCCGGAUGUCCACCCUGGUAUGGCAUUGCAAGAAGCUGCGGAGAAGAAACAAGCAGUUGGGUCAAUGUCCAUGACCGCUGCGGACUUCGUUAUACUGUACAACGAGCCUGACCAGAAAGAGUGCUUUGACGCGGUAACAACGGUGUUUUUUAUCGAUACAGCCCCCAAUAUUAUUCGCUAUAUCGAAGCAAUUCGCAGCUGUCUAAAACCAGAUGGACUAUGGAUUAACAUGGGUCCGUUGUUAUGGCACUUUGCCGACAGUCCUCCCAAAGAGAGCAAGGAGAGCACAGACUCUACAGGGAUCGGCGAGCCGGGCAAUGUGGAGUUGACAGAGCAAGAAGUCCUACAACUAGUGGAACGUAUGGGAUUUCGCAUUGAAAAGGGACCAGAAAUGGGUAGUGAGUGUGGCUACAUUCAAGACCCUGGUAGUUUAUUACAGAACCUGUACCGGCCAUCAUACUGGUCGGCACGUAAGGUUAGAGAAAUGAGAUGA